GCUUCGGAAACAAUUUUGCGCAGAGAAAAAGGGAGGUGAAGAGAGGGCGCAUUCGGACAGGUAGCCUAAAUAAUAGAAAGGAAGAUGGAGAGAGGGAGAAAGCAACGUGUGCUUGGUGGGCGGAGCGCCGAUUAGUAGGCGUGGCCCAUGGGCGGUCGCGGAACGCGUGGUCGACUCGAGGGCCACAGUGGCGGCCGAGCGCGGCUGCUGUACGUGCCGCGGCGUGUCUGGAUGCGCGCGCCCAUGGCGCUGGACUUGGAGAAGCAGCGGGCGCCGAGCCCCGGCCGCCCGGGCUCGCCGGCUUCCUCCGAGCGACGGCACAAGGUGACUGCGGACGGGGCAUCGGCGCCGCAGCCGCAUCAGCAACCGGCCGCCCAACCGGCACAGGCGGCCGGAUCGACGCCGCCUCUCAAGUUCUCCAUUGAACGGAUCCUGUCGUCCGAGUUCGGCCCGACCGGCGGCCGCAGUGUUCCCACCGUCGCCGCCGUUCUCACCGCCAAGGAGUCGCAGCAGCCUCGCAAGGACGAGCGCACCAAGCCCAUCGCCGCCGAGCCCCCCACGACGCCUCCUCAGCAGAACCAGCCCGGACUGCUCUGGCCCGCCUGGGUCUACUGCACGCGAUACUCAGACCGGCCGUCCUCAGUGGUCCGCACAGAGGCCGCCACGUCCAACCAGAAAGGUCCCCGGUCUCGCCGCAUGAAGAAGCGCGAGAAGAAGGAAGAGAAGCGGCCGCGCACCGCCUUCACGGCCGACCAGCUGGCGCGCCUGAAGCAGGAGUUCCAGGAGAACCGCUACCUGACCGAGAAGCGCCGCCAAGACCUGGCGCGGGAGCUGCGCCUCAACGAGUCGCAGAUCAAGAUCUGGUUCCAGAACAAGCGAGCCAAGAUCAAAAAGGCCUCGGGACAGCGGAACCCGCUCGCCCUCCAGCUGAUGGCGCAAGGCCUGUACAACCACGCCACCUCGUCGCAACAGGGCGGCACCGGAGACGACGACGACAACUCCUCGUCGUGACAGUGAGCUGCUGCAUGCGCACGUCGCCGCUGGGACCAAGGGUCAACGUCGCGACCAUCCGGCAGCGCCGCGACAGGUCGUGCCUGCUCCGAGAAGAGCGCCGCGUUCGUUGUGCUUGUGCUCGGCAACUGGUGCGGAGACGCGUGUACUGCUCGCUUAGCUGCGCGCCCGAUUUUCGUGCAGACUUCAAUUACCGGAGAGCCUGUGUCCGCGUGGAGCUUUGUGCGACGGUUCCCUUUACGUGUGUGCGUGUGUCUGACAAGAACCGAACCCGGGUACAGACAGACAGUACAGAGGAAACGAGGAGAUGAAAGGAAUAGAUGGGAAAAUUGGUUGCGAGUUUAAAGAUGUUUUUUUCUCCUCCUAAACAUCAUUCAAAUUGUCACCUGUUGAUCUCAUCUAUGAUUCUAUCACAGAUCAAAGUGAAUUUUUAGCGACGUCCAAGCCCCCACUUUGGGGGUUCAUAAGGCGCGAUAUAUGGCGGCUAGAAAAUCCAUGGGCUCGACUUGCUAAAGUGAUAGUCUCCCCGUUAAAAGAGUGCGCGCGCUCUUAAAAAGCAUAAAGCAAACGUUCCAGGUCUCGGUAAUUGUUAUCAAUGAUUAAUUUUUGAAAGCAAUAACUAGAAUCACUUAAUAGUGCAGUAAAGCUCGGGCCCAAUCGAACCUCGUGGCUAGAAAACAGUUAAGUCGCGCGCAGAGCCCACGUUGCUGCACCGGAUGCAAAUGCAUGGCCAAAGCGUCUCCCAUCAUGUGAGCUCAACGUCAGCUCGAGGAAUCCUGAAGGACUCAGCCCACGUCCUUUGUCACCAGUGCCACCAGAGAGCGAAAACGCAUCCAACAACGCUUGGCGAUUACAUCACUCGGCGCUCUUGAUGUGAACCUCAAAGGCUUCGGCUUUAGGAUCGCUCCGCGAGCGUCCUCGAAAGCUAUAUCAACGAUAGUUCCUCAAGGUCAGAUAGGCACGGCAUGCUAUUUUGAGACGGAUACGCACCGACACAGCAGAGUUGUAUUUGCAAUGGCACUCAAACCGCUUCCACUGUGGCCUGCUGCAAAAACUUAAACUAGCUUCCAUCGUGACUGUUUUGCAAGAGAAGAUUACAAGUCGCACCCACUCCUAAUCACAACUGCACUCUAUAGACGAAUCCUUCCUGUUGCGAAAUCCUCUGGCGACGCGGUGCGUCAGCGUAAGCCCAAGAGCAGGCGCACUCUCUACAGGAGGUUAGCGACAAGCACGCGACCGCGCUGCCUUCAAGACUCGCUGGCUACGCAAGAGCGUCCGACGUGGCACCCUGAUCGUUCCCGCGGCACGACAGCGCAACAUCAGCCGCAUGGUCGUUCUCCGGUGCUUACGAGGUGCCACGCGGGAGAAUGCAGCGUCCGAGUGCACCUGAAGGACGACGCGGUGUUGUGCUCGCCGUCCCUCCUGCUUGUUGCGGGUCUCGUGAGUUGUCUUCAAGUGCUGGACGUUUGGAAGACUUGCUGACCCCGGCCCAGCGCGGCCCCGGACCUUCUAGCGGCGACGAACAGUGGUGCGCGGUGAUCGAUAACUAGCGCUGCGGCGCAGGUGUGUGCGCGUGUGUCGACAUAGUCACCUGUACAGAUACUCAAAAAAAGAAAAAAAAAAAGACUCGAUCGUGCAGAAAUGACCGCCACCACGUUGGCGGCCUCUCCUUUCUGUCUUUCUGUACAUAACCUGUUGUCCUUUCUUCUCACUAUUCGCAGUCCUCGCACUGGCGGCAAGGACAUUGUCUUAUAUCUCACAAACGCUAUAGGAGAAAUACACAUCCUACACUUCUCAA